AUGAAACACAUCACCCGCUCCUUCUUUGGCCUGUGUUUAUUCGGUGUAUUGGUGAUACUCAUUUUCCAUCAAAUCGAUCUACGACAAAAAUACAUCCAACCUUCGCUGAAGGCACUGUUUGUACACAAUACAGAAGUGUUUGUGAAAGAAUACACGGUAAAGCCAGAGACAUAUUCUUGUCCAAGCAACAUUUCCAGUACCCGCGUAGAAGACAUUCUUUGCUUGGAGAAAAGGACGUUCCUCAAGAAUUUCAAAAACCCUUGCUGGUAUGAACCAUCCGGAAAAAGUCAAAGCAGUUCUUCCUCUGUUCAAAACAAAACUCUUCGGUGCCUGCCUUACUUUCACAUUUUUGGCGUUUGCAAGACAGGGACAACAGACCUCUUCUUCAGAUUAAUUCACCACCCCCAAAUCUUGCCCAAUGCGGGGGUUCUGAGGAAAGAAACAUGGUUUUGGUCCUGGAGGAGAUACGGAGAACAAUCCUCCGGAUAUACAAAAAUGACAUUAAAACAGUUCUCACGAAUGUUUGACGCUCAAAAAAUUGGGGAGACUAAAAUGUCUUUAAAAGAUGGGACACAGUAUUCAGAUCUUAUAACAGGGCACGGCGAUCCCAUGGAUUUCUGGGAUCACAAACAUUGGCGAGACAUUCACCAGAACGAUCCCUAUGCUAACGUCCCAAAGGUCAUGACCCCACACCUCGUGAAGCACGUGCUUCCUAACAUCAAACUCAUUCUUCUCCUCCGAGAACCCGCGGAAAGACUCUACAGUCAUUAUUACCAUGGAGGAUACGGAAGGACCCCCGAGGAAUUUCAUCAUGACGUCAUUGCGGGGAUUCAACGCUUAAAUGAAUGCGUGGAAAGGAACAGUUACAGGGGUUGUUUAUAUGGGCAUAAUUUGACAUCAACUUUACCGCUUCCAUUGUCAGCAAGUUUGUACUAUAUUCAUCUACAAGAAUGGAUGUCUGUUUUCCGACGGGAUCAAAUAUUCAUCUUUAGAAAUGAAGAUUAUAGGAAAGAUAAGAAGUACAGCCUAUUCAAAUUAUUUGAGUUUCUCGAAGUCGGUGAUAUCAGCACUCGACUGGUGGAUACUAUUGUUAAUCUACCAAAGGCAUACGAGACAAAACUGAAAACCGUUCAGGGAUCUAUGUUAAAUGAAACAUGGGAGAUCUUAACCGAGUUUUUCGAAGAACCAAACAGAAAACUUGCGGAGAUGUUAAAUGAUGACCGGUAUUUAUGGAAAGAUACGGCUUUCAACUAUAGACCGAAAACAGCCCUAAGAAAAAACUUAUCAAAAACCAAUACAUUGAAAAGGAACUAUGAGAGGAAGAGGGCAUCCAAGCCAGUAAGAAAAAGCCAGGUCAAAGGUAUCAGUUUUAAAGAAAUCAAAAGUUCCGUACCAACAAAAGAAACGAGAAACUAAAGAUAUUUCAAUGAAGAAAUAUAAACUUGAUGCAAAACUGAACCGUAGUGAAACUCAUAACUAAAAAAGAUGGUUAAAGGACAUAUCGCAUGUUUCUAAAGUAUGGGACAUUUUAUAUUUUUUGGCUUCCUUGUGUAUCUAAUAAUUACUCCUAACAGUUUGUUAACGGUAUAAAAGCGGUAAUUAGCCAUAAUAUCAAUUUAAAUUAUAGCCCCGAUCGUUUUAAAACUCGUUAAUUAGAUAGCGUGUCACGUGGUACAGUGACGUCACAUGCGACCUUCUUCGAACAGCUUAUGGUAAACAAAUAUGUAGGAUUAGCAUUAUCUCCUUUUAAUUUUGACAUUUAUUCACCAUGUACGUUGUUUUUUUACACGCUGACUAAAUAAAAAGAAUCUUGUUAUACAGUCGUACAUGUUUGAGCCACCAGUACGGAUAAAAAAACGAUGAUAUUGCCGAAGAAGAGACGAUGAAGUCGGCAAUGGCGAUCAGAUUGAUCGACGUGUAAACAUUGUAAACACAACUUAGUAAUGGUUGAAGCUCAAAUAAAUCGGUUAAAGGUGUUUAUUUAUUAAAAUCUACAACAGUCUUGUUUUUUGGCGUUCCUUACGACUCAAAAUGUUCAUUAUUGUAAAACUGUGGUGCACAAGAAGUUUGUUUCUUCGACAGUAACUGGUCACAACUUUCUAAGGUUGUUUACUCUGGAUUAUAAAAGCAGGAAAGAACGUUUUCCUUAAUUAUUGUUUAUUUCUGUAAGAUCCCAUCUCCGUAUUUUUUUUAUCCAUUUACGUAUAAAUGUAUAUCAACAAACUUUGUCUAUUUCUCGCAUAAACAUUCAAUAUCGACAACUCGAUCCUUGACUUCUCCCACAAAAAAAUAAAACUCACAGAAAUCUCACCUACCGUACUAAAAUGAUAUUAAUAUGAUUUCUGCAGAUGUGAGCUACAUGUUCGAAUGAAGAAAUUAUUUUUACAAAACCGAUGCAUACAUGAACGUAUAGUUUAACAAUAACAAUGAGAAAACAGCUAAUGAAGCGAGGCGGUAUCCAAAAUGGCGUCCCCUCUCGUUAUUUUUCUCCGAUGAACUUGCGUUUUGUACACAGGCCCCUGUUCAUAAACUUCCAUUUUUUCUUUUUGAAAAAUGAAUACGAUUUAUUUAUAAAACUAUGAUUACAAAAAUAUACCAUAUAAUUAAUGAUAUAUAUGUAUUGAAUGUUUAUUCAUAAAUCCUCUCGUCGACAGAUAGACCACUAUUUGUCGCAAGAUUUCCGCAUACUUUCGUAAGGGAAACUUAAAAAAACAACAGUCCAAAUCCCCAUUUCCGACGACUAGAACACCCACAGGAGGCACAAAACACCAUCAUGUCCCGUUAUCGGCAAUUUAAUAGGUGAUAAUUAGUUUAAUUGUCGUUUAAAUCUAAUCGAAUUACAAGGAUGGCUGAGAGCACCUUCUCGCUCGAGGUCGCAUAUGACGUCACACAUCAUGGCGGGUAGAUCGAGAGAAAAAAUAUGCAUAUCGCGACAUUUGAAUUUCAUCGCUUUCAAACUCACGAAUUAGGCAGAAUAUUUUAUGAAAACGUUUAUAAACUUCAUUUCUAAUGAGUAUAGAAUGAUUUUAUUUAAAAAGUUCCGAAAAUUGAAAAUCAUGCGAUAUGUCCUUAAGUUGAUAAAAAUAAACAUUUUUUGUUGUUAUUUGU